CUAGGGACAUGAGGGCGCGAGGUCUGGGCGUGCCACGGUGCUGGGAGACGACAGGAGGCCCCAGCGGCGCCGCUAGGGGGCCGGGAUUGCCUUGGAACCCUCAGCGGGGCGGGAGGGGCCUCUCGGGCGGCCGGAAUACAUGUGCGCGGGGCGGGUUCCGGGCGGACCGGAAGCGCGGCCGAACUCGUUGCCGUGACAGCGGUCCCUGGGCCGCCAUGGAGGCCGCGCUCACUGACAUGUACGACCAGGCGCUGCUGGGCAUCCUGCAGCAUGUCGGCAACGUGGAGGAAUUCCUACGCAUCCUCUUCGGCUUCCUCUACCGCAAGACCGACUUCUACCGGCUCCUCCUUCGGCCCGGGGACCGCCUUGGCUUCCCGCCCGGCGCGGCGCAGGCCAUGGCCCUGCAGGCAUUCCGAGUGUUUGAACGGAUGGCCAGGCAGGAUGAUGAGAAGAGGCACCGGGAACUGGAGGCAAAGCUGAAGAAGAAGGCGGAGGAGGAGGAGGCAGCUGCAGCCGCUGAGAGGGUGAAGCUGUGCCCUGCAGCUCAGGAGAUUGAGGUGGAGACAACGGAGCACAUCCCAGCAGCAGAUGCUGGGGAAGCUGCAGGCACACAGGAAUCAGCUGCAGCCCAGGGUGCCGCAGCCCCCAGCCCUGUGUCAGUGGAGCCUCCAGGGGCUGCUGCUCUAGCAGAGCUGCCCACGAGACAGGAGCAGUUCCAGACCAACCCUGACAGCUACAAUGGAGCUGUGCGAGAGAAUUACACCUGGUCCCAAGACUACAGCGACCUGGAAAUUAAAGUGCCCGUGCCCAAGCACAUUGUCAAAGGCAAACAGGUGUCUGUGGAUAUCAGCAGUGGUGCAAUUCGUGUAGCAGUGCUGGAGGGAAGCAACCAACACGUCCUUAUGGAAGGGAAACUCACCCACAAGAUCAAUAUGGAGAGUUCCCUGUGGAGCCUGGAGCCUGGCAAGUGUGUUUUGAUCAACCUGAACAAGGGGGACGAGUACUGGUGGAAUGCCAUCCUAGAGGGCGAGGAGCAGAUCGACAUUGACAAGAUCAACAAAGAGCGCUCCAUGGCCACUGUGGACGAGGAGGAGCACGCUGUGCUUGACCGCCUCACCUUUGACUACCACCAGAAGCUGCAGGGCAAGCCCCAGAGCCAUGAGCUGAAGGUGCAUGAGAUGUUAAAGAAGGGCUGGGACACCGAGGGCUCGCCAUUCCGUGGCCAGAAAUUCGACCCCUCCAUGUUCAACAUCUCCCCUGGCGCCGUCCAGUUUUGACAGUGGCAAAAACAACUGAAAAAUAAAGCAGGGAGAGGAGACCUCCCCACCCCUGGAUGCCCACCAGGACUCUCACACCCAGUGCCAGUGCGCAGGACUCACUGAUCCACGCUGCCAACACCCAUCCAUGCUGUGUGGGGAAGCCUGAGGAAGCGGGCAGAUUUACAUCCUGUCACCACAGCAACCUGGGCACCAGGACCCCUCUUCUCCCUUCCCUUCCCUUCCCCUCCCCUCCCCUCCCCUCCCCUUGCGCUGCCGAUGCUCCAUGUUUUUCUGGAAUACAGGGAGCACGUUGGGUCGAGUUGGGUGAUGUAAUUAUGUUUCUUAGUGGAUGAGGAUACUGCUUUUGGGGUUUCUGGGGAUGUGGAGCCCUCCCUAUCCUGGUAUACUGGGCAGCUUUGCCCCUCACAGGUGGAGAUGGGUGCUGGAUAUGGGCAGUGGGGAUGGGGAAGCCUGCCUCUGCCUGCCUCUGCCAGCACCCUUCCCACCUGGCAUCCCCAAAUCCUCUCGCCAACCCCACUCCAGGGUAUCCCAAGGGGGUUGUGCUGCCCCUGGCCUCCACCCAGCCCCAGGGGAAGCUUCCUCCUGGCUUCCCCCUCCUUCACCUCGAAGGAAGGUUGUCAGGACACCCAGGAGUGGGCAGAGACCACAGCCAUCCCCUAAGGUUUGCUCCCCCUUCAUCAGGGAGCAGGAGGGGUGCUCCCCACAGCACUGGCGUUUGGGGAGGGCUGCAGGCCCACCCCUCAAUAGCCAGCAGCUGUGCAGGAGCCUGAGAAAUACACGGGUUUCUCUGGCAUGGUAAUUGGGGGUCUGAGAGUGGGGACUGCCUAGGAGAGUAGGCUCCACCUAGGCUCAGCCUGGCUCUCACAGCUUCCUACCACCCUGGGGUGUGUGGGCUGGGGGUCCCCGGCCAUCGCCUUGUCUGGUUCCCCACCCCCAGUUUGCAAUAAACACGUCUCACCGUGGG